AUGGAAGCAAGGCGCAUCGAUUGUGAUGAAGAGGGCAAACGGGAUGAGCUGCACGGCGAAUAUUUGCUGCUUCAAGAUGAGGAAGAGGCGUCACGUCUCGCAGAUGAACUGGCGCCGGACGAUUGCGAAAUCAUGAUGCAGAGUCGAUCAGCCCUGCUGCAGGGACUCUACCUCGCGCUUCCUCCCUCUUCUCCAGAUGCAACCACGACCUUCGAUAAUCUGCCUGAAGAGGUGAUAGCCACCAUCUUCGCCUUCCUCGACCGCGGAUCGCUGCUUCGUGCUGCCGCCACGUGCCAUCGCUGGAAUCGAAUCGCGUCGGACGACGCCCUGUGGCGCCCCCUCUACUUCCUGCCGAAGCACCAGCACAACAACACUGCCGACGUCGAUGUCGAGGCGGGCGAUGCGCAGCACGAGCAGCUCAUGCCUCACACAUCACCAUCAUCGCUGCAGCCGUUCUUCUUGCACGCGCCCACCCACUCGUGGCGUGCCGCCGAGGCAUGGCAGCGCGCCCGCGACGACCAGUGGCGCGCGCUCGUGGCCGAUCGCGACCGCGAAGCCGAGGCGCUGCACGCACGACUGCAGCGCGCGGAGGAGGAUGUCUACGCGCUCACCGUGUGCUGCGAGGGUCUCGAGGCCGAGCAGGCUCUGCGAUUCGAGGCCGAGCUCGCACUGCGUGGCGCCCGCGCCGAGCUGGAGGACACGUCGUACGAGCUGAUGGGCCGCACGCACCGACUCGAGGAGAAGACCGAGGAGGCCGCGCGGCUCGCCCGAGCCCUGGUCGUGGCGGAAAAGGGCCGCGAGGAGGAGAAGCGGCGAGCCGACGCGCUCGAGCGCGAGGCGCGUGCGCUGCGGGAGCGCUGUGAGACGGCGGAGCGAUCGCUGGACCUGGCCGCGCAGCGGUGGGUCAAGGAGAAGAAGACGCGCGAGGAGCUGCUCGACCUGCUCGGCCGCGAGCAGCCAUUACUGAGCCGCCACGGGCCGGGCAAGAGCGCCGCGGCCGCGGGGAGGGCCAUCAACGGCGCCACGGCGCCCCAACACGGCAACCCGGCCACGCUCGCGUCUUCAACAUCUCCGCCCAAGGCGUCGCUCUUCCCCAAGGGCCAAACCAAGUGCAACUUCUAA